CAUCCUGUUCGGCCUGGAGAGUGAUACUUGGCAAAUCUUCGGAGAGCAGAAAAAUGUCCACUCGCUAUCACCAAGCUGCUAGUGAUAGCUACCUGGAACUUCUGAAGGAGGCCACCAAGAGAGAUCUGAAUCUUUCUGAUGAAGAUGGCAUGACCCCCACACUCCUAGCAGCCUACCAUGGGAACUUGGAAGCCCUAGAAAUAAUCUGCAGCAGAGGAGGGGAUCCUAAUAAAUGUGACAUCUGGGGAAAUACUCCUUUACAUUAUGCAGCCUCCAAUGGUCAUGCCCACUGCGUCUCGUUCCUGAUCAACUUUGGUGCCAACAUCUUUGCUCUGGACAAUGACUUACAGUCUCCGCUGGAUGCUGCUGCCAGCAGAGAGCGGAAUGAAUGUGUCGCUCUUCUGGAUAAGGCUGCCACCUCCCAGAACAUCAUGAACCCCAAGAAAGUCACCAGGCAGAAGGAGCAGGCUCAGAAGAAUGUCAAGAAGCAGAUCAAAGAGUGUGAAAGGCUCCAGGAGAAGCACCAAAAUAAGAUGGCCCGCACAUACAGCAAGGAGGAAUCUGGGACCCUUUCUUCUUCCAAGGGAACUUUCUCUAGGUCACCCCUUUCAAAUGCUUCUGCUUCUAACACAUUUGGGUCACUGUCUAAGGGUAUUAAAGAUACCCUGAAGCUUAAGUUCAAGAAGAACAAAGAUACAGCAGAGCAGUUAGGGCAUGAGAGCAAAAGUGGGCAGAAGAAUGUGAUGGAAGUGUUCAGAGAGGAUGAGGAAGACGAAUUCUCAGGGGACUUCAUAGAGAAGCUCCAGUUAUCUGCAGAGGGGGACAGCUGUAUGCAACACGAAUCCAUUCUCAACCGUCCAGGUCUAGGAAAUGUUGUUUUUGGAAGGAAUAGAAUAUUCAGCCCUGAAGACAUCUCAGACAGCAGGAGGGAGCUGGGGUUUACAAUGCCGAGUGAAUUGCUUCAGAGACAAGGAGAAGCUGAGGCUGAUGAAGAGGGAGAGGAAAACAACCAUGAAGAUGAUCUGCCUUGGGAUGAGGAUGAAGUGGACUGGGAGGAAGAUGUGGUUGAUGCUACUCCCCUGGAAGUGUUCUUGCAGUCCCACUACUUGGAAGAAUUCCUUCCUAUUUUCAUGAGAGAGCAGAUUGAUCUGGAAGCUCUGCUGCUUUGCUCUGAUGAGGACCUUCAGAGCAUCCAAAUGCAGCUGGGUCCCAGGAAGAAAGUUCUUAAUGCCAUAAAUAGAAGGAAGCAGGUGCUACAACAGCCUGGGCAGUUGGUUGACACCAAUCUCUGAUGGAGUGUUGGGUCAACAGGGUGAGUCUAUAGAGGUGGGGGUGAUGCCGUGGAGAUAUUCCAGGCAAUACCUACUCUGUACCCAAUACCAGACUACUGGGUUUCUACGGUUUUGGAGGUGUCCACCUAAGAAAGAAGGCCAAAUUCUACUCUGAGAAAUACUCUGUACCUAAAUUCAUAUAAACCACUAGUGAGAAACUCAAGGAGGUAAGAAACGGGAAUAAGGAAAUGACAUUUCUCUUCAAUUAUCUUUUUGAUAUUUUUGAAUAUAGAAAGGAUUAAAUGGAUGACAGAGAACAGAAAAGACUUUACUUCCUAACUCUGAACUUAAAAUUAUAGUCUCCUAUCACACUGCUUCUGCUGCUGCUAAGUCGCUUCAGUUGUGUCCAACCCUGUGCGACCCCAUAGAUGGCAGCCCACCAGGCUCCUCCAUCCCUGGGAUUCUCCAGGCAAGAGUACCAGAGUGGGUUGCCAUU